GAGACUGUAAAUACAAAUUCCAUUCAAAGGACGGAUGUAGAGUAUGAAUUUUUAGUACAAAGUACAAGACAAAAUACUAAUCUUAUUUACAUUAUAAAUAGCGAGAUCAGAAUGUAUUCCUGUAUUACCAGUAUGUUUAGCGCUUCUUGUAAGCAUCAAGGAGCAGUAGCAAUGAAAUAUCACAUUGCAAUUUUUAAUUUUUUGCCAUCAUUAAUACCUGAUAAUCGUAUGCUUUAUGCAUAUGUUGCAUUUG